GGCUUUACAAAAAAUAUUGACUUUCUCAAACAAAGAUACCAAAUUGACAGCUUUUUGCUGCUUGAUCAAUUACCAGGAAGUAAGUAGAGUUGUCAUCAGCGAAAAUGAAUGACUGUGUUUUUUGUGACGAAAUUGUUACGUUCGAGAAAGUGUUAGUUUUACAAAGAAAAAAGACCCCCAAAAUCCGCCUUUAUACUGAUAUUUAUUGAACGGACUAAUGCUUUCGAAUAUCGUAUCUGAGAAUGCCGUGACAGACUACAUGCUGAUUGGUGGAGAGACCGAAAGUGGGCGUGCUUUAAAUAAAUAAAUAAUAAUAAAUAAAACUGUAUUUGUUCUGACGUAGUUUUUGUUACAUUUAAGAUUAAUUAAUUAACGAUCGCAUAUGACUAUAUAAACAAGUUUAAGCAAUAUUUAAGUAAAAUAACAAUUUGUGAGUGUGUGGACUCCCUAUGCGUCACCACAACAACCCGGAAGUGACGGGCUCAUUACAAGGACGUUGUCCUCGUACACGCUCUCUCUUACCUAAUUUGUAAAUACUCGAACGCAUAGCAGCGUUUUACUAUUCAUUUUUUUUCAUAGUGCUUCUUAUACGCGUUUAGGCAAAAUGUGACUUGGUAACAACCGUGCCAGUAAGUGUGUGUGAAGGGCAUGGCGGGACGGGUGGUGUUCAGGGUUCUCCGGAACUUUGCACCCAUUGAGUGGCUUCGGACUCAUCCUCCCGUCCGGACAGUUCAUUUCAGCCCCGCUUUGUGCGCGGGUCACAAUAAGUGGUCCAAAGUGAAACAUAUUAAAGGACCUAAAGAUGAAGCCAGGGGGCGAAUGAUAGCUAAAUUUGGACUAAUGAUAAAGAUUGCAGUGAAAGAGGGUGGACCCAAUCCUGACAUGAACGCCAAUUUAGCCCAACUUCUGGAGCAGUGCAGGAAUAAAAACAUACCAAAAGCAUCCAUUGAAACUGCAAUCAAGAAUGCGGAAAAGGCAAAACCGGCGUCGCAGCACAUGUUUGAAGCUCGCGGACCAGGUGGAUGCUUUCUGCUCAUUGAAGUUCUGACCGACAACAUCACGCGCAGCCAGCAGGACGUCCGACGGAUUCUCAGUAAAAAUGGGGGAACAUUCUCGGACGGCGUCCGCUAUAACUUCAGCAGGCGGGGCGUGGUGGCCGUGCCCGGUCGCGGCGUGACAUCGGAGCGAGCUCUGGAGUUGGCAAUCGAGGCCGGAGCGGAGGACGUACAGGAGACUGAAGACGACGAUGAGGACGAGGCGCCACUCCUGCAGUUUAUCUGUGACAACGCGGACGUGAGUAAGGUACGAGCGUCCCUAGAGGACAUGGGGAUGAACGUGACGUCGGCCGGCUCAGAGUUUUUCCCGACCUUGCUUACGCCACUGGAGCGGGAGCAGCUGGAGGCGGCUUCAGCGCUCAUCGAGGCCCUCAGUGACUGUCCAGAUGUGGUACGGGUCUGGGAUAACGUCCAGGUUGAGAGCUGAGAGUCGUCUUUCCAAAGAAACCACGGACAAUUAUGGAUUUUCAGAAAGUAAUAAAGUGCAUAGAACAAGAAAGUGAUGAAAACCACUUGCUUUGUCAU